GGCUGACUACGGGUACAACAUGACCAAGGAACAAUACACAUUGGAUUUAACCACUUGGAAACGGUGCAAGGUGCUAAGCGUGGAAAAAUGUGCAGAUCAACGUUUACUCGUGACUCUAGAAGAGAAGAAGAGUAAGGAAAAGGCUAAAUGCUGCCUAUGUUCACCUUGGAACACCCUUGAUCAUGUUGUCCCAGGCUUGAUCGUUUCGGUGAUCGCUUCGAGUGUAAAGAAAGAUGACUGCUUCGUAGUCGAUGCCAACGAGGGCAUGUUUGUUACAAAUCCCGAUCUUCUGGUCUCCGGAACGACGGUAGUUGGUUCGCUGUUUUGUCAGCGCCGCGGGGUUCUUCAGGAAAACUUUCGCUUGUUUGAUGCGGAAAAUCGAGAGAUGCAUGUUGGAACCCUGGUUCAUUCAGUCUUUGAACAAUGCCUCUUGGAUACUAGCUGCCGUUCACUAUCGGAUGUUCGACGCAUUGCAGAAUGUUGGAUUAAGUCUCCAAAAAUGGUUUCUACGUUGUACGCAUACGAUAUCAGCACUGCCGAUGUGUUGAAGGCAAUGGAUCCAUAUUUUGCAGAGAUCGACAAAUUUCUGGAGCAACACAAUGUGCAUCCAGGACCAAGCAAAACGUUUACUUCUGGCGCCGGCACCGAAGAUGCUAGUUUUGUCAUAGAACAGGUUAAGGACAUUGAAGAAAAUAUCUGGUGCCAUCAGCUGGGGAUCAAGGGAAAAAUUGAUGCCACGGUGAGCGUUGCAUACCGCAACACGAAGGGAUUACCGGACGGCUCUACCCAUGAGCUGAUGCCGCUUGAGUUAAAAACAGGCCGGGCAAGUUACUCGUUCGAGCACAUCGGGCAGCUGGUGCUGUACGAAAUGAUGAUGAAUCUGGUUGGGCAUCGCGUGAACGGGGGAUUGUUGCUGUACCUUCGCGAAGGCAAAUGUAGCAAAAAGUCUGGCAAUCGUAACAUAAGGCGCGAUUUGAUAAUGCUGCGCAAUGAGGUUGCCCACUACAUGAACGGCUGGAUGGUUGUGAACGAGCGAAACGGAAACGGGGCGGAAAAGCAAACUGAACCACUGGUGCCUUACCUUCCGGAACCGAUCAAUCAUGCACGUGCUUGUGCAAAGUGUCCUUACAGCACCGUUUGCACCGUGAUGGCUCAACGCGAACCGGGAUCGAGCACGCGGUCGUCUGAUCAUGGUUUUUCGAUCAUUGUCCCCGAUGCUUCCGGUCACUUAAGCAACCAACACAUUGACUACUUCAUCCAUUGGACAGGCAUCAUCUACCUGGAACAGAGAGAUAUGGCCGCCGACGGGAGCACUCGGGCCCUAUGGACGAAAGAACCCCGGAAACGCGCCGAAAAAGGUUGGUGCAUCACAGAUCUGCAGCUGGUCAGUCCGGUGCGUGCCGUGGACGAUAACUAUUUUCAUACGUUCACAAUGAAAUCUGACCCGAUCAUGAUGGCUACCGGCGAAGACGAAAUAGAAGGACGACCAGCUUUAGAAGGGUUUCGAACGGGUGAUUAUGUUAUAUGCAGUACGAAUUAUCGGAUCGCUGUGUCGGCCGGGCACAUCGUUAGCUGGGUUGGCCGUGAGCUGGUUCUAUCAUUUGAGCGCGAUCUCAGUGUGAAUUACACAGGCGAAACGUUCCAUUUGGAUCGCACUGAGGGAUACAAAUCGGGAAAAUUUAACCUUUCCAAUCUAGCCCUGCUACUAGCCAAUACGGAUGACGCCGAUCGCUGUCGACGGAUCAUUAUCGGACGAGAAACCCCUGAGUUCGCAGAGGCCAUUUUACCCAAACCAAUGAUACCCCGGGCGAAAGCAUUGCUAAGUAAUUUAAAUCGUCACCAGAAAAUGGCGGUUCUAAAGGUGGCCGCAACAAAAAGCUACUGCUUGCUAAAAGGGUUGCCAGGAACGGGCAAAACACAGACGAUCGUGGGUAUUAUUCGGCUUCUUUUUGCUCUCGGCCACUCGAUACUGCUAACGAGCAACACGCACUCUGCAGUCGAUAACGUGCUGAAGCGGUUGGCUAGGGACAACGACUGUGACGAAAAUGGCAUGCACGAGACACUCAAGUUUAUCCGUAUUGGCCCACUGGAACGUAUUGACCCUGUUGUACGGCCAUCGUCGGCUACCGUACUGAGCGAACAGUGUGACACACCGGAAAAACUGAAGCACUUAUACGACCAAUUCAAAAUAAUCGCCGUUACCUGCCAAGGAGCAUCGCAUCCGUUGGUGGUUCAACGAAAGUUUGACUUUUGUAUCGUGGAUGAAGCAACGCAGGUUUUUCAGAGUAGCAUCAUCAGACCACUGUUGCAGUGCAAACGAUUUCUGCUUGUUGGUGAUCCGGAGCAGCUUCCGCCUGUCGUUAGAUCCAGGGAAGCUCGUGCGUUGGGCGGUGAUGAAAGUCUGUUCCACCGAUUGGACCAAGAAGGUGCAUACUGCACACUGCCAAGCCAAUAUCGCAUGAACCGUGUCCUCACCAAGCUGGCCAAUGAUUUUACCUACGAUGGAAAACUAAUAUGCGGCAACGACACGGUUGCGAAUGCAAUGCUUAAGCUGCCUGAUCUACAAACAUUGCGCCAGAUGUAUACAGUAGAAAAGUGGCUUUUAAGAACGAUAUCGAACCAGAUAGACUUGUCGGCGAUUAUGCUUGACACCGGCAGCACACUUCAGCAUAACGAAAAUUAUCAGUUUUCCGAAUCGGUAAUACGACCAUCGAACACUAUGGUACGGUCGAGAAAAACUGCCGCCUGUAACAACAUGUCUGAGGUCGCGCUAACGGUUUAUAUCUGUACUGCAUUGUUGCGUGCUGGAGUAAAUAGUCAAUCGAUCGGAAUAAUGGCACCCUUCCGGGCUCAAGUGGAGUUGAUUCGCCGCCAUGUGCGAUGUUUGAUGGAGAAUCCGAAGUGUUGGCGCCCACGAUCCGGCGAUCAGUCUCUCUACAUACCCCCCGAUGCAUCGAUGCAAACGCUCUCGGUCGAUGAAUGCGACAUAGAAGUCAACACCGUCGAUCAAUUUCAAGGAAAGGAUAAAAAGUUGAUUAUAUAUUCCUGUACAAAAACAAACAAUCUGACCGAUGAUGCUGUGAAGGAUAAAGCCGACGAGAAUGGUGAGUUGACCGGUGCUAAAAACAACGAAAUAUUAUUCGAUAAACGACGCUUAACCGUCGCAAUCACACGAGCGCAGGUGAAACUUAUCGUCCUCGGUGAUCGCAAUCACCUGGACUCUUAUCCGCCGUUUAAUAAACUGUUCCAAGUGAUUAGUAAGAUCGGUCACGUGAAGCUCGUGGACAAAAAAGAUGGAUUUGAGUGGAACAACUUGUUCGAGUUCCUCCAGUCGCUAAACGAUUAA